CGCACACCCACCCACCCACACACGCGCCUGCUUUGUCGCCGUUUGCUGCAUCCCCCUCCCCCCCCCCCCCCCCCCCCCCCCACCCCCCACCCCCCUCUCACCCCCCCCCCCCUACCCACCUCCCCACCCCCACCCCCCGUCAUUGUCGACGAGGCCUUCCUCGCCAAGUAUGACCUGAAGUCCAACGAUGCCAUCCUCGCCGAGGAGAAGCACAUGCCGAUCUACGAGGAGGUCGCCAAGAUGCCCGACAUGUUCCACAUCGCUGGCGGUGCCACCCAGAACUCCAUCCGUGUGGCCCAGUGGAUGCUCCCGGACAACCCCGACAGCACCGCCUUCUUCGGUGGUGUCGGUAACGACACCCAGGGUGAGACCCUCCGUCGCGUGGCCACCUCCGACGGUGUCCUCACUCGCUACCAGGUCAUCGAGGACGGCACCCCCACCGGCACCUGCGCCGUCCUGAUCAACGGCCUCAACCGCUCCAUGGUCACCAACCUCGGCGCCGCCAACAAGUUCAACAUCGACCACCUCAAGUGCCAGGAGAACCUGGACAUCGUCCACAACGCCGAGCUCCGCUUCGUGUCUGGCUUCUUCCUGACCGUCUCUCCGGACACCGCCAUGCUGGUGGCCAAGGACAGCUCCGAGCGCAAGAAGACCUUCAUGCUCAACCUGUCGGCCCCCUUCAUCCCUCAGUUCUUCACCGAGCCCCUGAUGGCCCUCAUGCCCUACACCGACAUCCUGAUCGGCAACGAGUCGGAGUUCCUUGCUCUCGGCCAGACUCUCGGCGUUGCCGCCUCCGGCGAGGCCCUCACCCCGGAGGACGUCGUCCGCCAUGUUGCCCUCAACAUCCCCAAGGCCGACGGCUCGGCCCGCCUGAUCCUCUGCACCCAGGGCGCUGACCCGACCCUGGUCGGCACCACCGAGAACGGCGAGGUCAAGGUCACCUCUCACCCGGCCAACCUCAUCCCCGUGGAGGAGAUCGUCGACACCAACGGUGCUGGCGACGCCUUCGCUGGUGGCUUCAUCUCCCGCUUUGUCCUCGGUCGCCCGGUGGAGGAGUGCAUUGCCGCCGGCAACUACGCCGCCGGUGUCAUCAUCCGUCACUCUGGCAUCAGCAUCCCCAAGGAGCGCCCCGCCUUCUAAAGAGUGACACAUGCAUGCUCACCAUGUGGCCCGCGACAUAUGUGCACCUGCUGCCAUACGCGGCGCCCCGCGGUGUGUAUCCUCUCCGGCGGUUUCCUCCGCAAAGGCCCGGUCGUUCGAAGGUGCCCAGCAAGAGGGAAGGCCCCUCCCCCCCCCCUGAGAAGCAACCUGCGCGGUGCCAAGGGCAAACACACGCUCCUUGUGUAUCUCUCUGUGUGCAUGUGUGCCUGUGUGUGUGUGCGCGCGCGCGCAUGCGCGCCUCUCUCUUUCUCUCUUUGAGCUCACCAUUGCUCCCACCCAAUGACAUACAUUCCGCGCAGACACAUACCCACAAACACAUGAGCCUGAGUCG